CCAUAUAGGGAGGAUCAGUGCCAUCUAUCUAAUUAGUGUAUAUACCUUUUAUGCAUUUAAUUAUGCUGCAAUAAGUGUCGCCCUUUAUCAUGGGUUUCUCUCAGAUUUCCGCCAAAACGUCUAGAAUAGAAUGUUCUAGAACAUUCUGGAACAGCAGUGAGUCACCACCACUAUAAAAGGGUCAGCGUGGGGGUGAACCGGCCAGUGGGCAGUGCAGAUUCGGUGAGGGAUGACAGCGGAACAACAAUUGGAUCUAAGUCGUUCAUUUAAGUGCUGCGCAGGCUUUACUGGGGAAGAGUAUACCGCAAUUACAUAUGAAAGCAUAUGUAAUUGCGGUAUAUGUUUCGAUAAAGUAAAAGAUGCUGUGACAACCAAAUGCGGCCACUUGUUCUGCUGGCCACAUCUGCAUGAGUGGUUAAAGACCAACCAGGUUUGUCCAAAAUGCAGGACUCCCUUAAACCGAAAAGACUACUUUGCAUUCCAUGAAUGUGGUGAUAUAGAGCAUGAAGAUCGGAAUGACUUUCCACCACGUCCGACCUUUCAAGGUUUAGAGGAUGUUGAAAUCGAUGUUGAGCAUGUUGAGCAUGAAAACUGGUCGACAGAAGCCAAUCUCAGCGAUGUUGAGCAUGAAGACUGGUCAACAGAAGCCAAUCUCAAUGAUAUUGAGCAUGAAGACCGGCACAAUAACGUGAUGGCAUGGCUAAUGGCCAAUCAAAGUUCAGAGCCUGCAGAGGCAUAUCUCAGCGAUGCUGAGCAUGAAGACCGGCAUAACGAGUCUUCACCGAGGUCUGCAACCUUUACAUUUUUUUUAACAGCCGUUCUCAUCGUCAUCGCCACGAUCGUCGUGAUUUGUGUCAUUGUGAUCACCAAAUCCAGCGACUACUUCAUCUUGGAAUCUGGGGAAAACGAAAAGCGAAACAAAAAAAAACGAAUAAAUAUUGAGCGAGUUGAAUAAAAUAACAGAGAAAAUAGCGAAAACACAUAUUCAAAUUAAGUGAAAUCGAUCUACGUGAACUUGCUACUCUACUUUGGAAAAACAUUUUUUUAAUAUGUAUUAAAUUAACCUUAUACUACUUUUCUUUAUUCAUAUGUAAAAAAUAAAAAUGAAAAAUAAAAUAUAGAGAUGGAAAUUGGCGCAGUAA